AUGGGAGAUGGGAGAUGGGAGAUGGACAAGUUCAAAAUCUCGGAUGAUUAUUAUGGCAAUCUAGUAGCUCAGCAAGCUGUCCAUAGAAAAUGCUACAAUAUUCACAGAAAUUGGAGGCACAAUAUGAAAUUGCAUUACAAGCAUGUUAAGAACGUCUUACAUGUGGAUCCUUAUAGUCAUCCAUACGAACAUGUGACUCAAGAGGAUUGGCGCCACUUAAUUGACGAUGUGUGGAAAAGUAAAGAACAUAAGGUGAGAUCAAAAGCUGGCAAAAAGAAUAGGAAAAAGCUUGAGUACAAUUAUUGUUCAGGAUCUCGGUCAUUUGUUGCAACAAUGACUAUACAGUGGCUAUAUGCUAAUCUAAAUUACACUUUGCAGCCGGAGUUUAAUGGUUCUGAAAACCUUAAAUUUCCAGAAUUCUAUAAGAAAACUCAUACCAAGAAGAACAAAGAGUGGAUUGAUCCUAUUUGCGCCGUGAAACAUUCAAAGAUGUUGAGCUUGCGAGAAGAAUCUUCCCAAUCCGGUGUGCAAUUAACAUCAGAGGAGAUGUCUAGGCAGGCACUUGGAAAAAGGAAGAGAUACAUUCUUGGAUUUGGGGAUGGGCCGAAGCCCUCUUCAUCUUCUUCCACACCUAGUCGUGUGUCACAAGACCAUGUUGGGGAGUUACAGAAACUUAAAGCUGAGAUGGAGGAGAUGAAGAUGGAGCGUGAGAUGGAGCGUGAGGAGCUGCGGAGGCAAUUGGAACAGGAGAGGAGAGAGCGAGAGGAAGAACAGAAGCAAAUUGCACAUCUUACAAGUUUGGUGACAGAGUUCUUAAAGGAAAAGACUCAAACGCAUAAGUCGUCUAUCCAUCAUGAUGGGGCCAUGUAUUCAACUGGUGGCACAAAUACUCGUUGAUACAUGGUGGAGUUAUGAGCAUGUGAAUCUAGUUUUUGGUACAUGGAUAGCUUUUGUUC